GUCCAUUGAAAUCACAUAACAAAGGGAUACCUCAAAAUAUUUGUAGUCAUGGUGGACUAUGAUGAAACUACUGCUUUCCUGGGUGUGUGGGGACAGUUUCAGCAGAUUGUAUUCUUUGUACUCUGUUUCAGUACCAUCCCCAAUGGAUUUAGUGCCUUCUCAGUUAUAUUUCUCGCAGCUGCACCACCCCACCACUGCCUGGUUCCUGAGGGGAACCUGAGUGAGGCAUGGAGGGCAGCCAUCAUUCCGUCCCAGGUGGUGAACGGGCAGGCGGAGCAGAGCAUGUGCAGCAGGUACAGGCUGGAUGUGGUGAAGAACUACUCUGCUCAUGGCCAAGUCCCUGGUGUUGAUGUCAACGUCACAGACAUCGAGCAGGAGCCAUGUGUGGAUGGAUGGAGCUACAGUACAGAUAUCUACCAGUCCACUAUUGUUACUGAGUUUGACCUUGUCUGUGGUCAACGCUGGAAGGAAUCGUUCACCUCCUCGGUCUACUUCCUUGGCGUCUUAUGUGGGUCAUUCUUUUCUGGUCAACUGUCAGACUGGUGUGGAAGGAAACCUGUCCUUUUUAUGACCAUGAUGAUCCAGACGGUGUUCACCUUUGUUCAGGUUUUUUCAACAUCUUGGGAAAUGUUCUCUGUUUUUUUCUUCAUUGUAGGAUUGGGACAGAUAUCAAACUAUGUGGCAGCCUUUGUCUUAGGUGCAGAGAUUCUGUCUGGUUCUGUGAGAGUCCUCUACUCAUCUCUUGGUGUCUGCUUAUGCUUUGCCAUUGGCUACAUGAUGUUGCCCCUGAUUGCGUUUUAUAUCCGUGACUGGAGAAAGCUCUUGGUCACCCUGUCUGUCCCUGGACUGAUCUACAUCCCUCUCUGGUGGUUAAUUCCAGAGUCUCCUCGCUGGCUUCUGUCUCAGGGUAGAGUGAAGGAGGCAGAGGCCAUACUGAGGGAUGCAGCCAGGAGAAAUAAAGUAAUUGCCCCAGAGAUCAUCUUUGUGGAGGUUGAAGAUGAAUCAUCUAAAACCACAGAGAAAUAUAAUUUUUUGGAUCUCCUGAAAGUGGCCAAAAUAAGAUAUGUAACACUAAUUCUUUUUUUAGUCUGGAUGACCCUGAGUAUGGGUUAUUUUGGCCUGUCUUUGAACACAUCCCGCCUGUAUGGAGACCCCUAUGUCAACUGCUUCAUCUCCGCUGCCAUCGAAGUUCCUGCUUACCUCAUCAGCUGGCUGUCCGUGCACUUUCUCCCCAGGAGGCUUUCCUGUGUGGUUAGCAUGACGCUAGCAGGGGCUGCUCUCUACUCAGUACAAAUAGCACCGGCAGACUUGCCAGCCGCCUCCAGGGCUCUGGAGAUGUUGGGCAAGUUUGGGAUAGCCACCGGAACAGCACAGAUGUUUGUCUUCACUGGCGAGUUGUACCCUACUGUGAUCAGGAACACUGCAGUGGGGGCCUGUGCCAUGGUCUCUCGUGUUGGCAGUAUCAUUGCUCCCUAUCUCAUCCAUUUAAGUGUAUUUAAUGCGGCCCUACCUCACAUGCUCAUGGGGAGCCUAUGUAUCCUGUCUGGAGCAGCCGCCAUCCUGCUGCCAGAGAGCUUCAGGAAGCCUCUCCCACAGACCAUAGACCAGAUGCAUCAAAUGGAGUGGAAUACAUGCUCAUGCCACUCCAAAGAAGAGGACCCAUGUGGGGACAUAGAGAACAUUAAUACAGUGGUGUUGGAGGUCAAACUAUGAACAACUUUGGUAUGCCAUCUUGACUUAAGUACAAACAAAGACAGACAUAUAUUUCACAAAAUAUUCAAUUUAGCAUUUUACAAAAUCAUCAAAUACUUCAGGGUUGUCAAGACACAAAGAAUCAUGCAACUCAGUAAAAUGUCAAUCACAUGUUUUAUCCUGCACUCAGUCUAAUUUAUUAUUAUUAAAAAGGCUAUUUUAAAACUUUUUAUUUUUAUCUAGAUACUCUAUUACAGUAGUAUAUAUUUUGUCUUUUUUUGGUCGCUUUGGCUUACCGUAGAGAAUUUAAAAUUGCACAAUUAAGACUCAACAUGAGUGUCUGUGAGAGAAUGUAUGAAUGUGUAUUAUUAGUAAAUGACCAUAAUAAAAACUGAAAUAAGUGAAAAAUGAAUGUAACUAUGUAA